AGUCAAUCGGCUUAUACAAUCACAUCCUCAACAGCAACGGGCGAUUGGAAUCGCAAGCGAGCCGAAGAAAUGCCCUAUCCAAACGAGUGGCCAAAUGCGAUUGUGCCUCAGAUGGGCACGUUCAAACCGAAAAUUCCGUUGUUGUCCCCACAUACGAAAGAGAAUAUUCGACGAGACAGCAGCCACAACACCAAUAAAACCAACAAUAACGUUCGGCUGAAUGGACUCAAUUUACAUUCCAACGUACGUAACAUUUCCAAACCCGCUAUCAAACCGAAGCCACUCGCGCUAAGGCGUGAACGCAGCGACUUGACCGGUUCAACGUCAGCACGUCGUCUUGCCUAUCACGCUGAAAAUCAUAGCCCUGGCCCGCUGUGUUCAUCACCGAGACGUGCUCUGCUACCACCAUCUGAUAGCUUGGAUGGAAAUGCUUUAAUAGGAUGUUUGGAGGAAUUGAAACGUAAAAGAAAGGAUAGUCCUGGACGAAAGGAUAUCUUUUAUCCAAGGAAUCUCCCAAAUGAUGAGCGAGCAAUCCUCCAUCGAGAAUCGGUUAUCUUGACAAUCGAUUUGAUCAAAAUUAAAGUCGGUUCGAUCUCAAAAGCUUUUGCUCGCUGA